AUGGGCAAUAGAAUCCGUCAGCGUAGAUCGGAAAACUCGAUCUCCCGAGGACUGGGAUCACCGCACUCCAUGAUCGGCCCACCCCGUGCAGGGUUACUAAGUGUUCUGCGAACUGGGUACGUUGUUUCGCGACCUCCGUUGAUCUGCGAAUUCAGGUUGUGGUUCCCGUUUGUGACAGAGUUUCCGUUUUUGGACCAGACCCGUAAAGUGCUGGGAUUCUUGGACUGUUCUACUUCCAUACCCUUGCAAAUCUUCUACCUCGGGCGGUAA